AUGGAGAACUCCAGCCUGUUGGGUGGCGACGCACGAAACACUGGCUUGAUAGACUUUCUUAUGUCGGACUCUUUGAAGCAAGUAGUGGAUUUCCCAGAGGACACCGCCAUGGCUGGAUUAGUCGCCAGUAAUGCAAUCUUCCUUGAAGGCAGCACAUUCAGGACUGGAGCUGACUUUAUGGCCGCUCCGCCGACGGAAUCCCCGCACCUGAUGCCCGCCUUUUGGGAUUCCCCGCUCAGUCACGGAAUCAAUGUGUUCGUGGGACUUGUUCUGUGCUUCACUAUGCUGGGGCUGGGCUGCACGGUGGAUGUCAGCCAGCUCGGAGAGCAUAUCCGUAGACCCAUCGGGGUGCUGCUGGCACUGGUGUGUCAGUUCGUUAUCAUGCCCUUGGUGGCCUUUCUGCUGGCUUUAGCCUUCUCUCUGGAUGAUGUGGCAGCGAUGGCUGUUCUCCUUUGUGGCUGCUGCCCGGGAGGAAACCUGUCCAAUAUAAUGUCUCUGCUGGUGCACGGGGAGAUGAAUCUAAGCAUCGUCAUGACCAUAUCUUCCACUCUGCUGGCCCUCGUGCUGAUGCCGCUGUGUCUGUGGAUCUACAGCCGGGCCUGGAUCAACACACCUGUGGUCAACCUCAUGCCCUUCGGGGCCAUCAUCCUGACCCUGUGCAGCACGCUCAUCCCCAUUGGCUUAGGAGUGAUGCUGAGGUACCGCUACACGCGCGUGGCCGACGUUGUUUUAAAGGCCUCCCUGUGGUCUCUGCUGGUCACCCUUGUGAUGCUGUUCAUCCUGACUGGAGCGAUGCUGGGGCCGGAGCUCCUCUCCACCAUCCCGCCCUCAGUCUACGUGGUGGCUGUGCUGAUGCCUCUGUGUGGUUACGCCGCAGGCUACGGUCUGGCCGUGCUCUUCGAGCUGCCGCCCAACUGUCGCAGGUCGGUCUCCCUGGAGACAGGAUGCCAGAACGUGCAGCUGUGCACAGCCAUCCUGAAGCUGGCCUUCCCCCCUUAUCUGAUGGGAGGGAUGUACAUGUUCCCUCUGCUGUACGCCCUGUUCCAAGCAGCCGAGGCUGGCAUCUUCAUCCUGGCCUACAGGAUGUACAGGAAGAAGGUCCUGCACAAACCAGACCCCAUGGGGGACAGCGAGGAUAUAACAUAUCAAAGGUUUCAUGACGAUGAGGACUUUGAUUCAUCUUAUGGUGCUGUGACGGUGAGCGACCCAAACACCAUCAUGUUGGACCCCUGUCCUCCUGAUCCAACUCCUGUUUAAUGUGCACAUUUUAAACACCACUACAAGUGGCUUCAUCGUUUUGAUCGUUGUCAUUCAUAAAGGGAAACCUGGAAAACAGGGAGACUAUGCAGGGAAAUCCAGAAUGUUUAUCAUGCUGAAAAAAGGUGCUUUAUGUCAUGAGCUUCAUUCAUUCAGUUUGACAAUCCAUGUCUAAUAUGUUAUUUAAUGUUUUGAAACAUUGCUGUGUUACCUGUGAACAUGUUUCACGGGUAACUGCCUUGCAUCAGCUAAGCUUAACUUCAAUCUGUGAAAGUGACAUUAAUCAGCAAAUCACACCAUCAAAGCAAAACAUUGUUUAGUGUCACAAAUGAACAGUGAGAGACUAAACAGACAUAUCAAGUUAUUCAUUGCAGUGCCAAUCCAUUAUCUGUGCUCCAUAAACAGAGCUAAGUCUGAACAACAUGUACAAUAUGUGUAUAUUAUAAACAGCUGUAUGAAAAAAAUUAAAAUAUGUAUAGAAACAAAAGUAAAACA